UAGGGGGCACUUGGGGCCUGGGGCCGAAGAUCAUGCAGUGGAUCUACGGUACCAUGGUGGUGCCUAUGCUCACGCAUGGGGCAGUGGCAUGGUGGCCGGGGACCAAAAGAGCGGGAGCAAGGCUAGUUCUUGACAGACUGCAGAGAUUGGCUUGCCUCUGCAUAACGGGCGCCAUGAGAACGGCGCCCACGAGGGCCCUGGAGGCUCUGGUGGGGCUGCCCUCUCUGGCGGAUCGGGUGCAGAUGGAGGCGGCCAGGACAGCUGUGAGGCUGGCGAGCUGCGGGCUCUGGAGGGAGGGAACCCUCAAUCGGGGUCCGUACGACAUUUUAGAGGGCUGUCGCGGGGAUCGCGGGGUCAUGGGCAUGCCGAGUGACGUCAUGAUCCCCGAGAUGACCUUCUUUGAUAAAUUGACCUUUCUCUUUCCAUCAAGGGAAGAUUGGAGAGAGGGCAGAGUCGGCUCCUGGGAUGGACUUGUCUGGUACACGGACGGGUCCAGAAUGGGAGAUCUGGCCGGAGCUGGAGCGUACUGCGAGACAAUGGGAUCAAGCUUGUCGGUCCCUCUGGGCCAGUACUGCACUGUGUUUCAGGCGGAAAUUUUCGCUUUAUUGAUGGCGGCCAGAGAGGUGCUUCGGCUCAACUACGGAAGCAGGAGAGUCUUCUUCUGCUCGGAUAGUAGGGCUGCACUCAUGGCGCUGAAGUCAUGCAAAGGGGUACUGAGGAGGGUGGCUGAGGAGAGAAAGGUCACGUUGGUCUGGGUUCCGGGUCACACCGGUGUCCGGGGCAAUGAGGCAGCGGACGCCUUAGCCAGGGAGGGCUCCUCGCAUAGGCAUAUAGGGCCAGAGCCCCGCUUGGGGAUCGCCCCGUGUGUGAGGCGGGGAGCUCUCGAAGCCUGGGCGAGAGACCGGGCCGCGGGGGGCUGGAGAGUUGCUCCGGGAAUGAGGCAGGCGAGUGGGCAGUGCAAAUCGACUCCGAGUCUGUCAAAGAGCAAUAGAGAGAGCAAUGCUGGGUGUAAGCCUAAGAGAGAGGAUCAGAAACGAAGAGAUAAGGAGAAGAACAAGGGUCUGUGA